GAGAUGAAACACCAUUUGAAAAUCAGGGAUGAAACACUAUUUGAAACUCAGGGAUGAAACACUAUUUGAAACUCAGGAAUUCUCAGACUACAGUUGAUUUCUGAUUAUGGUCAGACAAAAUAUCAGUGAAAACAAAACAAAAAUAUAAGAAAUCUGAUCCAAUAGAGAUGGGAAAUGAUUCAAUAUUUGAAGUAUCAGAAAAAAUUGGGUAAUUCAUGAAAUCCAAUUUUCCCGCCAUAAAAUUUCAAUCGGAAAAUCCGCCAAAAUUUGAAGUUUACAAUGUUCAACGCCGUGUUUCGUGAGAUGAUGUCGGACCCGUUUAUGAUGCCGAUGGCCCCGGUACAACCUCAGAUUGUACAUCCGGUCCAGCAUAUUGCCAGGAUGGUCCAAAUGAUGGACACGAUGAUGGUGCAUGACUCCAUGGCCUCUAUGAGGCCGGUAAGAGAGGUUGAGAUGAGAAUAUCCUCUAGACCUAACGUUUAUCCAGUUCAACAGCCUGCCAUGACUAGACAAUCUAAACCUACUGCUGCCAGUAAACCAACCAAACCACCAGAAUCAUGGACUGUUCCUAAACCAACUAAGAGCCGAGAGGAGAGGUCUGGAGGUGCAAGUGAGGGAAGUUGGAAGAAUUCUCUUCGACAAGGAGAGAAACUUCUUCCAGCAAUAACCAACCCUAGUGCAAGAAGAACAGAUCGUCUUAGAAAAUCCUCUUCAGACUCUGCUUAUAGUUCAGAUAGGAAGAUCCGAAGGGCCCGAAGUAUAGAAUAUUCUAGUCGACCAACUCCUGUCCCUGCAUCAGCCACAGACGAGAAGAGGACCAGGACGAGGACAAGGACAAGGAUUAGGGACAGGUCUAAGACAGGGACAGCUGUAGGAAACAAGGACACAGAUAGAAGUUCAACAGGAAGCAGUAAUGGAAGAAUAUCAGAAGAUGACGACGUUUCAUUUGAAGAAAAACCGUACAGGAGGAAGGAGGAGAAAAGGUUCCGAGGGGACGGAUAUGAACCCCACCUCGUGGAGACCCUGGAGAAGGAUUUGUUAAUGAGAAACCCAGAUGUCAAGUGGAAGGAUAUUGCAGGUUUGCAUGAUGCUAAGGCCCUGCUGCAGGAGGCAGUAGUUCUGCCCCUGAUCAUGCCGGACUUUUUCAAGGGGAUCAGGAGACCAUGGAAGGGAGUUCUCAUGGUCGGACCUCCAGGAACUGGUAAGACGAUGCUGGCUAAAGCUGUUGCUACGGAGUGUAAAACUUCAUUCUUCAAUAUAUCCUCCUCCUCCCUCACCUCUAAAUUUAGAGGGGAAUCAGAAAAACUGGUGAAACUCUUGUUUGAGAUGGCGCGCUUCUACGCGCCGAGCACAAUAUUCAUUGACGAGGUCGAUUCACUUUGCUCCACCAGAGGUUCAGAUUCAGAACACGAGGCCACCAGGAGAUUUAAAUCAGAGCUUCUUAUACAAAUGGAUGGCCUAAGUGACUCAAAAGAGCAAGAUAAAGUUGUGAUGGUGCUUGCUGCCACGAACCAUCCUUGGGAUAUCGACGAUGCAUUUCGUCGACGAUUUGAGAAGCGCAUCUACAUUCGGCUUCCGGACGAAGAGAGCCGGCAAAAUCUUCUCUCCCUCAAUCUGAAGGAUAUAGAUCUACACCCGGAGGUUGAUAUGAAGGAUAUAUCUGAGAGAUUAUCUCUAAAUAUCCAGGUUGAUAUUAAGGAUUUAUCUGAAAGAUUACAUAUAUAUAUCCAGGUUGAUAUGAAGGAUAUAUCUGACAGAUUACAUCUAUAUAUCCAGGUUGAUAUGAAGGAUAUAUCUGAUAGAUUUCAUCUAUAUAUCCAGGUUGAUAUGACGGAUAUAUCUGAUAGAUUACAUCUAUAUAUCCAGGUUGAUAUGAAGGAUAUAUCUGAUAGAUUACAUCUAUAUAUCCAGGAAGCUUUAGUCCGGUGCCAGAGAAGUGUUGGAAAUCUUGAUAUCAACCGAUAUGAAAACUGGAUCAAAGAAUACGGAUCCCAUUAG